AUGGGUCAUUCCAAGAAGAUGGCUUUGUCACUCUUUACGUGUGCACUACUUAUUCCCUCUCUUUUCACACCCUAUGUCACUGCAUCCUAUUCCCACCACCACGAACGCCCCAAUCAAACUGAUCGAGAGAUUGGCAAUGAAGAAGUGCAAGUAAAUUCCACAGGGAACAUGUCGGAAGGGAUCCAUGUCCCAGUAGCACUUACUCCUCAUGCAACUUCCAGUGCUUCUACUCAGGGCCUAGGCGAUUAUAGCAGGCUAUCUGCUUUAACCGCUGCCACAGGCGGAACACCCGCGGGACAGUCGGACGGCCGCGAUUUCGACCUCGUCGAUCUCACGAGGCUCUUCCCCGAGGGGCACAUCCCCUCAGAUCCUUCUGAUCUGCAGUAUGGCCUCAUUACCUUUGGAGGCGGCUCCGACUCUGGCGCGGUAGAACCUGCUAGCUCAGGAUCCGGCUUUCUUCUCGCUGUUGGGGAGUCUCAUGGACUUACCCAACUCCAGAAGAGAGAUGGCCGACCGGAUCCUUUUGUUUUCCUUGACUGCCCCGCUGGCGUACUCGACCAACCCGUGAACCAAACUCAGAAAGCUAGAGUCGUCUGCACCAGUCAGGAUGUCGAUGGCUGCUUUAGGGUGAUGGAGCGUGGAGUUGAAGGCACUUUGGUAGAGAUGCCAGAGGAGUGUGCACCAAAUUCCUUUGCUCGAGCAAUCUCACUAGAGGUUGCUGAAGACCAAACUAUGCCAGACCACCUGGCCAAGCUACAUACCCCCACGUCUCCGAUAUACGAGUUCUCCUUUGACUUCAACAAACACGAGCGGCGAGCCGACGCAAAUGUAUCCAUACGAAUGGAUAUGACAAACGUCAAAGGAUACUGGGACGGUCUUGUCGACUCUCCCGGUGUUCAGAAGCGUGAUGUCGAGCGCAGAUAUCUUUCGUCUCUCAACCUUGAUUGGAAGAAGACUUUACAAAAAGGAGACAGGUUCCGAUACGGUUCUGGUGUAUACGGGCUUAAAGUCAAAAAGGACUUAAGUACGCCGGUCUUUUGGCAAGCCGUCGAGAACUGUCCCAUAAGGGGUAAGCACUAUGGUGAAGGUAUCGCAGCUUUCAUGGAGGGCAAAGUCGAUGCCAGACUACACUAUGCUGCUACAGUCAUUGCAACCUCAACCAAAGGCUCUUCGAGAGUUGACGUCAAGGAAGCCACUGGCUUCAUCAAAGUCACUGGCCAGACGGAUUUGACCUUUGGAGUUGGCGGAAUGGGUCGUCUCGAUAUCAGUAUGGCCGGAAAGGGCAAUCCUGCCAAGAGCGAGGAAUACUAUGAAGCCUUUCAAAGACAGACGAUUAAUGCAGGGUCUUUGUGGGGCUUCAUGAGACUCACUCCCUUCAUCACUCGGCAAACCUUUUUGGCCACGUCUCACAUAAAUGAGUCCCCAUCCACCGCACCUAAUCAUGCGGCGCCGGCGACCUUAUACGGACGUCUGACUACACGAGUCAAGACUGACUUGGGCCACUUUCCAGCCGUGUUUCCUCACAUUCUAUUUCCAGACGAGAUGGACAGUCUUAGAAAGGACCACAAGGAAACCGAGAUGGAUAGUUUUAACGAUGACAUUCUUUAUGGAGACGGAGGCGAGAAAGGCAGCACCAUACAAAUCGGACAUAAUCUCGUUUUUGGGCUCAGCCUGGACUUUGGCAUAUUCCCCGAUGUACAGGGUCAGCAACCAACUCGCGAGUCCAGCGCUGCGUUUGUGAGUUUCCCAGAAUCCAUUUCCCCUCUAUAUGACUUUCAGGAAACCACGCUAACGGACAAACAAGAGAUCUUCUUGGCUGGAAAAAUGACAGUGGCAACCGUGGAGUUCCCUUCACCAGGAAACCAGUCUGCUGCCACAUCGACUAACCAAUACAAUAAGAGAGGGUUAUACAACCCCGAAGACACCUUUGGUUACAUGCAACUCAGACCCAACAAUGCACUUCGCUACGGCGCCAACCUCUUUGCUCAACAAAGCGUCAAUCGAAAUCUCGGCAGGAUCAACUGUGAUAACGGACGAUGCGGAUCUUGUGUUAAAGAGCAGCCUAGACACCAAAGAAGCUGCUGUGGCUGUGUUUGCAUGCAAUGCAAGUGGGGACCUCGUCGCGAUAUACCACCAUGUGAAAAGUGCACGGAUGAAAGAGUCGAGGCUGAAAUGGAGUGGCCAGGUCCCCAUGUAGUCUUGAAAAGGGACCGAAUCGGUUGUAACGACGUUCCCGAGGGUGAGGCUCAUGAUCACAAGAACGAUUUACACACUCGUGCAGGUCUCAUCCAUCUUGGCUGGAAGAAUGUCAAAGUUUACGACGAGCUGUACAAACCCCCCGACCCAAAAACUUCGGCUAAAUACAAGUUCCCGCAGUUCCCCAAGGACGUGGUGAAGGUAUGGGACGGGGCCGAUGGUGGUGCUUACGACUCUAUUUCCCGCUACUGGGGAAAUAGCUCGGCCGACUGUACCGACUGGAGUAUCGGGCGUAAACCUACACGCGACCAGACCCAUAUCGGCAACGGCGUCUUCGUUCCAUCAGCGUAUCAGACGGAGCAUGUUUACGAGGGCCAGAACCUGGGUCAGUUCUUUACUGAGUGGCUCACUCAUGGCCAAAUCAAAAGGCAAAGCCCAUCUCCAGGAGUCACAAAAGGCAAAGUUGACAGUGCCUGGAUCGAGGACUGGAUCAUGGACGUCAAUGAAGACUUUCCAUGGACCAAUCCUUCAGAUCAAGAGGAGACCUACUCCUUGUUCGGCACACUACACACGGAGCUCGGCAACAACUAUCACCAGGACCGCCUCGCAAUUUUACAGGAGAGAUUGAACCGUAAGAAGGAGAAUGUCUUCGACCUGUCCAAGUCUUACUCCCAAAACAAAUACAUUCGCAUGAGUACCGAUGAGCAGUGGAUGACAGUCAAGGAAAUAGGCCUUACUUUCAAUUACAUAAACGACGAUACCAUCUGGGGCAUGUGGUGCGAUACUUUCGCGGGUGUGUACGACCGGCUGGAUCGCUUUGACAAAUGGUACACGGCCAUCAAAGGCCCAAAUGAUCCAGAUGUCACACUAGCUGAGGAAUGGGGUACGUAUAACCGCAUAGUCCUCGACUCCGCUGUCAGGAUCUACCGCGAAGGUUGGGACUGGACAUACAAAAAUCGACGAACCAACAAUAUUGCUCUUUGGUGGACGGGUGAAGAGCGAAACUGGCGCAACAUACGGACCGGCAACACGGACGUCUUUCAUCUGAAAAAGCUUUGCCCCAAUCUUCCCCCCACAACUAUCGUUUAG